GCAUAAAAUGAAUAUAAAUAAAAUAUUAUACAAUUGUAGGAUGUUUAUUCUCAAAUUAACGCAAAUAUUAAAAGUAUUGUUAAAAUUAUAUACGAAAUAUUUUAUUGAAAUCAAACAUAAAAAUAAUGUAAAUAUAUUAUAUCAUAGCGAAAAUUUCUUGGUGGUUUCUAAACCAUACGAUAUGUGCAUUAAUAGUAAUAAUCGUGAAAAAAAGGAUACACUGCAAUUUGAAUUAAAAAAAAUUUUACCAAAAUUAGUCAAUCCAAAUUUAUUUCAUGAAUUUCAUUUUGUACAUAGAUUAGAUUAUGUGACAAGUGGUGUGAUAUGUAUUGCAUUAAAUAAAAAAGCAGCUCGAGCUGCUUCUAAUGUAUUCGAAGCAAGAGCAGCCAAAAAAUUUUAUCUGGCAUUACUUCAUGGACACAUUAAUGAACCUUACCUAAUCAUAGAUAAAGCAAUUGGGAUUGAUGCUAGAGAAAAGAAGGGAAACCAUAAAAUGUGUACCAGUGAUAACUUAUUUUGUGAGAAACCAAAAGAAUCAUAUACAAUUCUUAUAGUAUUAGAAAGAGGUUUUAGAAAUGGAAAACCAGCUACUAAAGUACUAUUAUGUCCUGGUACAGGUAGAAGACAUCAAUUAAGAGUACAUUGUUCAUAUAUUGGUCAUACUGUGAUUGGAGAUUAUACAUAUAGUGAGAGAAAAGAUAUAGAGCCUUAUCGAACAUUUUUACAUUCCUUCAGACUUAUAUUGAACAAUGAAAUGGAAAAUUUAGAUAUAAGAAGUACAGAUCCAUUUGUAGCUUCCGAUCCAAGAAAUCAAUGGUCACCAACAAAUAUUGCUAGGAUAUUAGAUGAAGAUAUAUUUUAUGAUAUUUAUAAUCUCUUGCAAACAAAUAAACAUUAAACUUUUA